AUGUCGUGGUUUUCCGGAAACAACACGCCAGCCGCUGACGCGGCGGCGGUCGCCGACACAGGCAAGCCCAAGGAGCUGUCGCUGAAGCAGAGUCUGGGCUUCGAGCCGAACAUCAACAACAUAAUAGCGGGUCCCGGGGGGCUCCACGUCGACAGCGCCAGGCUGCACCCCUUGGCGGGCCUGGACAAGGGCGUGGAGUACCUGGACCUGGAGGAAGAGCAGUUGUCUUCGCUGGAGGGCUCCCAGGGUCUGAUCCCGUCCCGUGGGUGGACCGAUGACAUGUGCUACGGCACUGGGGCCGUGUAUCUGCUGGGGCUCGGUGCCGGGGGCCUUUCCGGGAUGAUGCAGGGUCUGAAGAACAUCCCGCCCAACAGCCCGGCCAAGCUGCAGUUGAACACGGUGCUGAACCACAUCACCAAGCGCGGGCCCUUCCUGGGCAACAACGCGGGCAUCCUGGCGCUGAGCUACAACAUCGUCAACUCCACCAUCGACGCACUCAGAGGCAAGCACGACGCCGCGGGCUCCAUCGGCGCAGGGGCCCUCACGGGCGCCCUGUUCAAGUCUUCCAAGGGCCUGAAGCCGAUGGGCUACUCCUCCGCCAUGGUGGCCGCUGCGUGCGCCGUCUGGUGCUCCGUCAAGAAAACACUGCUUCAAAAAUGA